GCUUCAAAGGAUAUAGAUAAUAGAAGUGAAACUUCUGAAAAUUCACGAAAAGAGGUUCAUAUAGAAAAAAGAAAAAGAUACACUGCUGAUAAAUUGGUAGAAAAUUUUAUUAAUCUAAAUACUGAGACCCUUUCUAGUAGUCAGGAAC